GGGGGGGCCCGUCACGUGGCGCGGCGGUCACGUGACGCGGCGGCCGCCAUGCUGUCCCGGCUGCUGAAGGAGCACCAGGCCCGCCAGAGCGAGCGGCGCGAGCUGCAGGAGCGGCGCCGCAGGGACGCCAUCGCGGCCGCCACCCGCCUCACCGAGGCCUUGGUGGAUCACCUGAACGUGGGGGUGGCUCAGGCCUACGUGAACCAGCGCAAGCUGGAGCAGGAGGUGAAGACGCUGCAGGUGCAGGCGGCGCAGUUCGCCCGCCAGAGCGGCCACUGGAUCGCCAUGGUGGAGAGCUUCAACCAGGCCCUCAAGGAGAUCGGGGACGUGGAGAACUGGGCCAGGAGCAUCGAGCUGGACAUGAGGACCAUCGCCACCGCCCUCGAGUACGUCUACAAGGGGCAGCUGCAGCCCUCCUGCUCCUGAGGGACCCCCGGGACCCCCCCCCGGGACCCCCCCGGGACCCCCCCGGACCCCUGGGAACCCCCCCAGCACCGCCAAGUAUCGUGGGGGGGGGGGGGGGUCUCACCACGGUGUCCUUGGCACCCCCCGGCACUGGGAGCGAUGGAAUAAAUCUGGGGGGUGGGGGUGGCCCGGGGGGGGGGUGUGGGGGGGGGUCAGGCCGGGCCGCCGGGACCCUGGCACAGCCCCCCCCCCCAAAUCCCCCUAAGCCCCCUCAUCCUCUUUAGUGCUUAA